AUGUCAGACAGACUGCUCAGUAUCAUGUCAGACAGACGGCUCAGUAUCAUGUCAGACAGACGGCUCAGUAUCAUGUCAGACAGACGGCUCAGUAUCAUGUCAGACAGACUGCUUAGUAUCAUGUCAGACAGACUGCUCAGUAUGGCUUCAGACAGACUGCUUAGUAUCACCUCAGACAGACCGCUCAGUAUCGUGUCAGACAGACUGCUCAGUAUCGUGUCACACAGACGGCUCAGUAUGGCUUCAGACAGACUGCUCAGUAUCGUGUCAGACAGACUGCUCAGUAUGGCUUCAUACAGACUGCUUAGUAUCACAUCAGACAGACUGCUCAGUAUGGCUUCAGACAGACUGCUCAGUAUCGUGUCAGACAGACUGCUCAGUAUGGCUUCAUACAGACUGCUUAGUAUCACAUCAGACAGACUGCUCAGUAUGGCUUCAGACAGACUACUCAGUAUGGCUUCAGACAGACUGCUUAGUAUCACAUCAGACAGACUGCUCAGUAUGGCUUCAGACAGACUACUCAGUAUCGUGUCAGACAGACUGCUUAGUAUCACGUCAGACAGACUGCUCAGUAUCGUGUCAGACAGACUGCUCAGUAUGGCUUCAGACAGACUGCUUAGUAUCACCUCAGACAGACUGCUCAGUAUGGCUUCAGACAGACUGCUCAGUAUCGUGUCACACAGACGGCUCAGUAUGGCUUCAGACAGACUGCUCAGUAUCGUGUCAGACAGACUGCUCAGUAUGGCUUCAUACAGACUGCUUAGUAUCACAUCAGACAGACUGCUCAGUAUGGCUUCAGACAGACUGCUCAGUAUCGUGUCAGACAGACUGCUCAGUAUGGCUUCAUACAGACUGCUUAGUAUCACAUCAGACAGACUGCUCAGUAUGGCUUCAGACAGACUACUCAGUAUGGCUUCAGACAGACUGCUUAGUAUCACAUCAGACAGACUGCUCAGUAUGGCUUCAGACAGACUACUCAGUAUCGUGUCAGACAGACUGCUUAGUAUCACGUCAGACAGACUGCUCAGUAUGGUUUCAGACAGACUGCUCAGUAUCGUGUCAGACAGACUGCUCAGUAUGGCUUCAGACAGACUGCUUAGUAUCACCUCAGACAGACUGCUCAGUAUGGCUUCAGACAGACUACUCAGUAUCGUGUCAGCCAGACUGCUUAGUAUCACCUCAGACAGACUGCUCAGUAUGGCUUCAGACAGACUACUCAGUAUCGUGUCAGACAGACUGCUUAGUAUCACAUCAGACAGACUGCUCAGUAUGGCUUCAGACAGACUACUCAGUAUCGUGUCAGACAGACUGCUUAGUAUCACGUCAGACAGACUGCUCAGUAUGGUUUCAGACAGACUGCUCAGUAUCAUGUCACACAGACUGCUCAGUAUGGCUUCAGACAGACUACUCAGUAUCGUGUCAGACAGACUGCUCAGUAUCGUGUCAGACAGACUGCUCAGUAUCGUGUCAGACAGACUGCUUAGUAUCACAUCAGACAGACUGCUCAGUAUGGCUUCAGACAGACUACUCAGUAUCGUGUCAGACAGACUGCUUAGUAUGGCUUCAGACAGACUGCUCAGUAUCGUGUCAGACAGACUGCUCAGUAUGGCUUCAGACAGACUGCUUAGUAUCACCUCAGACUGCUCAGUAUGGCUUCAGACAGACUGCUCAGUAUGGCUUCAGACAGACUGCUCAGUAUGGCUUCAGACAGACUGCUCAGUAUCGUGUCAGACAGACUGCUCAGUAUGGCUUCAGACAGACUGCUCAGUAUGGUUUCAGACAGAUUGCUCAGUAUUGUGUCAGACAGACGGCUCAGUAUCACGUAAAGCCUGAUCUUGCAAUCAUUUUCCUGAUGGCUAAUAAAUGCUUUGAGAAGACAA